AUGAGACUGGUUCCAAUUUCAUCUGUUAAAGCGCAAGGUAUUUAUGAAAGAUUCGGUGAAAGAAGAUCCUUUAGACAUAACACAAGUGUUCCAAGUCACAGAUGCUUCAAAUCCAAAGACACAGUUGCUCAUGUCCUAAAGUCUGCAUACACGUUGUUUGAUCUAGUAGGAAUCAAGGAGGUGAGAAAGCUUGAGAAACUCAAACAGCGAGAGAGUUGA